AUGGCGUCGAACCUGUUCCGCCCGCUCUCGUCUGAGCUUUGCUUUUCCUCCUCUACCACCGCUCGCUUGACGCGAAACCACCUCCGAUUCAAAGCUACCAGGUUUGAAUAUCAUUUGUCACUCCCGAGCUCCAUUGACCACAAUUUGGCUGACUCGACCGAUCUCGGAGGGGCAGAUGUUCGUCCAUUGCUUUGCCCGCGUCGCCAGUGGCACAAUACCCUCGGACAGGCCAAACAGUCAUCUUUGGUUCCGUCUGUGACCAGCAAGUCCUUGGCGCUGGUUCGCCAUGCCUCUGUCGUAUCGAGCCCUCCCCCAGUUUCUGGGACUCAGCAUUAUUCUACUGUCGUGGUGCCUCCAACAACACCAUAUAGCCAGCUUACAGUCGGUGUGCCCAGGGAAAUCUACCCUGGUGAGCGCCGGGUUGCCUUGACUCCAACUAAUGUUGCCCUCUUGCUCAAGAAGGGUUUCGGAAAGGUCAUUGUCGAGCGUGGUGCCGGUUCACAGGCCGAGUUUCUUGACGAUGCCUACGAAAAGGCUGGUGCUACCAUGGUUGACGGUCCACAGGCUGUCUGGUCUGCAUCCGACGUCGUACUCAAGGUGCGCAGCCCGUCAACCGACGAGAUUGAAUCUAUCAAGGAGAAGCAAACGGUAAUUUCCUUUCUCCAGCCGGCUCAAAAUCAAGAUCUGGUCAAAAAGAUUGCGGAUCGCAAGGCAACAAUCUUUGCAAUGGACAUGAUUCCCCGUAUUUCUCGUGCACAGGUUUUUGAUGCUCUUAGCAGUAUGGCAAAUAUUGCCGGUUACAAGGCUGUUUUGGAAGCCUCCAAUGUUUUUGGAAGAUUCUUGACUGGUCAAGUCACGGCUGCUGGCAAAAUUCCUCCUUGCAAAGUCUUGAUUAUUGGUGCUGGUGUUGCCGGUCUCAGUGCAAUUGCCACAGCUCGCCGAAUGGGAGCUAUUGUGCGUGGCUUUGAUACCAGACCCGCCGCUAGGGAACAAGUGCAGUCUCUCGGUGCCGAAUUCAUAGAGGUUGACAUUCAAGAAGACGGUUCUGGUGCAGGCGGCUAUGCCAAGGAAAUGAGCAAAGAAUUUAUUGAUGCCGAGAUGAAGCUUUUCAAGGACCAGGCCAAGGAGGUAGACAUAAUCAUCACCACUGCCCUGAUUCCUGGCAAGCCAGCCCCGAAGCUCAUCAAAACCGAUAUGCUGGACGUCAUGAAACCCGGUAGUGUUAUUGUGGAUCUCGCCGCUGAAGCUGGUGGUAACUGCGAGGCUACCAAGAAGGGUGAACUGGCAAUGUACAAGGACGUCAAGGUUAUAGGCUACACUGAUUUGCCAUCACGUCUCCCGACUCAGUCGUCUACGCUCUACUCCAACAACAUCACCAAAUUCCUGCUCUCAAUGUCCCCAAAGGAUAAGGAAUUUGGCAUCGAUCUCUCUGACGAAGUAGUCCGUGGCUCAAUUGUUACCAAAAAUGGUGAAAUCAUACCUCCUGCUCCUCGACCAGCUCCUCCCCCACCUGCGGCCAAACCUGCUGCUGAGGCUGUCGUCGAAAUUGCAGAGCUCACUCCUUGGCAGAAGAAGACUCGGGAAGUCGCCACUGUUACUGCUGGUAUGGGUAGUGUGCUCGCCUUGGGCAAGUUCACCGGUCCACUCUUCAUGUCGAACGCCUUCACAUUUGGUUUGGCUAGUUUGAUCGGUUAUCGUGUGGUUUGGGGAGUCGCUCCAGCUCUUCACUCCCCUCUCAUGAGCGUCACUAAUGCUAUUUCCGGCAUGGUUGGAGUGGGUGGCCUCUUUAUCCUGGGAGGAGGAUACCUGCCAGAGACCAUCCCUCAAGUAUUUGGUGCUCUGAGCGUCUUGCUGGCUUUUGUCAAUGUUGGUGGUGGCUUCGUCAUUACGAAGAGAAUGCUCGACAUGUUUAAGCGGCCGACUGACCCUCCCGAGUAUCCUUGGCUCUACGCCGUACCCGCUGCUCUAUUCGGUGGAGGCUUUAUUGCCGCCGCAUCUACCGGAGCCGGAGGCCUCGUUCAAGCUGGGUACCUCAUCAGCUCAGUACUUUGUAUUGGUUCCAUCUCUGGUCUUGCCUCUCAGGCUACUGCCCGAAUGGGCAACAUGCUUGGCAUUCUUGGUGUUGGUUCUGGCGUUUUAGCAAGCUUGCUUGCAGUUGGAUUCUCUCCAGAAGUUCUGACUCAAUUUGGCGCACUUGCUACGAUUGGAAUGCUGAUUGGCAAGCGCAUUACCCCUACUGAUCUUCCUCAGACCGUUGCUGCUCUGCACUCUGUAGUUGGCUUGGCUGCUGUCUUGACUAGCAUUGGUAGUGUAAUGGCGGAUGUUACCGACAUUUCGACCUUGCACAUGGUUACCGCGUACCUUGGCGUACUUAUUGGUGGCAUUACAUUCACUGGCUCCCUCGUAGCCUUCAUGAAGCUUGCGGGUAGAAUGUCUUCCAAACCCACAAUUCUUCCGGGUCGCCAUGUUCUUAAUGGAGGACUACUCGCUACUAACGUGGCGACUAUGGGUGCCUUUAUCACGAUGGCACCAGGAAGCCCAUUGAUUGCAGCUGGCGCUCUUGCUGCAAAUACCGCACUCAGUUUCGUCAAAGGGUACACGACAACGGCGGCCAUUGGUGGUGCCGACAUGCCCGUUGUCAUCACUGUAUUGAACGCAUACAGUGGAUUCGCCCUCGUCGCUGAAGGCUUCAUGUUGGACAAUCCCCUCCUCACAAGUGUUGGAGCACUCAUAGGUGUAUCCGGUUCUAUUCUCUCAUACAUCAUGUGUGUGGCAAUGAAUAGAUCUCUCACAAAUGUGCUGUUUGGAGGGUUAUCGACGCCGACGGCAGUGCAAGAAUUUAAACCUCAAGGUGAGGUCACCCAAACUAGUGUAGAUGAUCUGGCCGAUGCAAUGUUAAAUUCGGAGUCGGUUAUUUUGGUCGUUGGCUACGGCAUGGCUGUAGCCAAAGCCCAGUACGCUAUCUCAUCAAUCGUCUCGCAGCUACGCUCAAAGGGCAUCACCGUCCGAUUUGCCAUUCACCCAGUGGCUGGUAGAAUGCCCGGCCAGUGUAACGUCUUGUUGGCUGAAGCCAGUGUGCCGUAUGACAUCGUGUUGGAAAUGGAUGAGAUCAAUGACGACUUCCCAGACACCGACUUGACUGUUGUCAUUGGUGCCAACGACACUGUUAACCCCAUCGCUAUGGAGAAAGGCAGCGCCAUCGAGGGCAUGCCCGUGUUGCAUGCUUGGAAGAGCAAACAGGUCGUGGUGAUGAAGAGAGGCAUGGCAAGUGGAUAUGCUGAUGUUCCCAACCCUAUGUUUUACAUGCCCAAUACGAAGAUGCUGUUCGGCGAUGCCAGAAAUACAUGCGAAGCGAUCAAAUCAGCUAUCGAGGCCAAGAUGUAG